UCCAAGUCACUUGUAUCGAACCAAAACCAUUAGCAUCUUCUCUACACACCAUGAGGAAUAACAGGUUGGCAUUAUCCGCUAUAACGGUUGCUAUGAUAGCAUUAGCAUCUUCUCUACACACCAUCGACGCCCAAAGAGUUCAUGUUGUUGGAGAUAGGUUAGGAUGGAUAGUACCUCCAGGAGGUUCCAUUGCUUAUUCCACCUGGGCUGGCUUGCAAGUCUUCUCCGUGGGAGACAUUCUUCUGUUCAAUUUCACGACUGGGCAACAAGACGUUGCUAGAGUUACAAAGGAAGCAUUUGAUGCCUGCAAUUCGACCAACCCCAUAUCGAUUCAGACAACAGGUCCAGCAAAUUAUACUCUUAGCUCGGCCGGAGAGUACUAUUUCAUAAGCACCCAAGACGAGCACUGUUUCUUCGGGCAAAAGUUGGCCAUCAGUGUAAAUCAAGCAUCUUCCGGGCCAAGUGCUAGUCCUGCCCCUGCUGCUUCCAGAACACCAGUCACCUAUAUCGUUGGAGAUGAUCUUGGGUGGAUUGUCCCUCCUGGUGGUAAAAUUGCUUACGAGACUUGGGCUUACGACAAGAUUUUCACCGUGGGAGACACUCUAGUGUUCAAUUUUACUACUGGAGAACAAGACGUUGCUAGAGUGACCAAGGAAGCUUUUGACACAUGCAAUUCAACAAACCCUCUAUCACUUCAGACAACAGGUCCGGCAAGUUACACUCUUAACUCCACCGGAGAAUACUACUUCAUAAGCACCUUGGACAGUCACUGUUUCUUAGGGCAAAAGUUGGCCAUCAUUGUGACCAGUGGAUCUCCUGGACCGCCAAGCUCUAGUCCUGUCCCUCCGUCCCCAAGAGCGCCGGUCACCUACAUUGUCGGAGAUCUCCUUGGGUGGCUUGUCCCUCCAGGUGGUCCAAUUGCUUAUGAGACUUGGGCGUAUGACAAGACGUUCGCCGUGGGAGACAUUCUAGUAUUCAACUUUGCCAACGCAACGCAAGAUGUGGCUGAGGUGACCAAGUCAGCUUAUAGCGGCUGUGACACCAGUAGUCCUCUCAGAGUCAUAAGCACCAGUCCGGCGAGGAUCAUAUUAACUUCCGCCGGCGAACAUUUCUACACGUCCACAUACUUCACGCAUUGUAGCCUGGGACAAAAGCUAGCCAUUAACGUCACCGACUCUGGCUCCCCCAGCAUAGCCCAACCUCCAUUAAAUGCACUUUCUCCUGCUGGAGGACCCAAUGGGGCUCCCGUUCCCUUCAACUCAGCCUCCCAUCAUGCCGCCUUGGGCUUCUUCGCCUCCUUAGCUAUUGCUUUCGCAUCCCUCUUCGUCUUUUAGAACCUAUAUAUGUUGGAUUCUUAGUAUACCCAUUAAUUUUUCUUUGCCUCGAUAUUGAUCUUGAUCUGUGUAUUUAGCAUUUUUAUUCUUUUCUUUUUUUUUUAAUACACGGAUUGGUGAGGUAUCAUUAUUCAUUAGACGAUACAGUUUGUUUAUCGACAAUAAAUAUGUUUCUUGUUGAUUCCUUGUACCUGGAUUAAA